UCUGCUCCUCUCUUUCCUCUAAAAUCACUAAAAAUCUCAACACAGAGAAUACUUAAUUGGAAUGGCUUCCUGCUCGAAUUCUAAGACAGAGAAAGAAGCUAGUCCUUCUCCCAAUCCAUCAUCUUCGGAAAAGAUCGGUGAUCAUUCGGAACUCGAACGAGUCUUCGGCCGAUUCGAUGUGGAUGGCGAUGCAAAGAUCUCAUCGGCCGAGCUUCGACUUAUCAUGAGGGCUGUCGGCGAGGAGAUGAGCCUCGAGGAGGCCGAGGCGGUGGUGAGGUCGGCCGACAAGGACGGCAACGGGUUGCUGGACCUGGAGGAGUUUGUGGGGUUGGUGGGGGUGGAGGAAGAGGAGAAGGAGAGGGAGCUGAUGGAGGCGUUCGGGAUGUACGAGAUGGAGGGGGAGGGGUGCAUCACGCCCAGGAGCCUGAAGCGGAUGCUGAGCCGGCUGGGCGCGUCCAGGGAGCUGGAGGAGUGCCGGGCUAUGAUUUGUAGGUUUGACCUUAAUGGGGAUGGGGUGAUUAGCUUUGACGAGUUUAAAGUCAUGAUGAUGUAGUCCUGCAAGCAGCAGCCUCUAAAUCUGAGUUUCUCCUCUUCUUGCAGCAUAUAUAGGAAUGU